AAAAUGGCGCCGGGACUUGGUACAAUGGCUGGUCCGGUGAUCGUGAUUCCUGGACUGUCAAGCAGGAAAAAAGCAGUUCCAACUGGAAAGCUGCUAAGGAAACCUCGUGCUCCUACGAUCUUACCUCCGAUAAACUUUGACAAUGAAGAUGAGGAAUCUGAUACCAAAUACAGGAGACAUGAUUCGGCAAUCAAAAUGUUCCAGGACAGCUUUGACCUUGACGCCCUUCAGGGUGUUGUUCCGGAAUCAGACAUUCCCACCGACUGCGACAGCGUGGAUCCUAGUCUGGCAUCGCCACCGCCCCCAUCAGAGUCUGACCCUGUUGACCACGGAGGCCAGACAAUGUCCAGAAAUAGCCAUCUACCUGUCAGGGUCAACGUCCUCCACACUUUCACAUCUCCGGGUAGUGGAGGAACAUUCAUCAGUCGCGAUGACAUGAAGUACGUUCUGGAUCCUCUCUUCCGGGAUAGAACCAGCUUGGGCACUUAUGUCGACGGGAAAAGUCUUGUGAAACCGUUUAAGCCUCGUGGGCCGGAUCCUUUGCCCCCCAGGGCUCCCAAAAGGAAUCCCGACUUCAUCCUCAGUUAUGAUGCCGAUGACCAAAGGUUCUACGAGCCCCCAGCCUUCAUGCUGGAGCAUUUCAUUUACCAACUAGCUGAAAAGAAAAACAUGUCUGUGCCGCGGGUUAGGAACGCUGUGUAUUCAAAGUACAAUGUGAAAAAAUUGACUGACUUAUUGGCUUUGGAACUUUCUGCAGGUGGACAAGACCAAGUGAACACAGUAACUCUAGACUCCUCAAAGAUUCCCCUGAAGGAGAACCGAGUGCCGCAGCGCCAGUUGCUGUACGAAAUGGCGGCCAUGAUCAAACAGCACGUGCGAGAGAUGAUGGGCACAGAGGUCAAGUCUGUGAUCAAACCGAUGCCCAAGUACAGCCCCGCCUACACCGGCCACUCGCAGCCGCACACAGAGAUUAUUCUCUACGAGGACGACAGCACCGAGAGGACUAGCGCUGCGACACGGAUCAAACAAGAGACCGAGCUUCCCGGAGUGGACGCUGUCCUGCAUUCUGCUCGCUCGCGGUACUUCCAGGGCUCUGGCAGAAGUAGAUCUCCUUUUGCUGUCCCUGAGGACGGUGCCAUAUCCCCGUCUGAGCUGGCCAUUCUGGAUUCUCUCAUCGCUGGAGGAACGGCUCUUAGUCUCAAGGCACAUUUCAUCGAGGAGCUUCCAGACAUCACACCCUUGACGAAGACUCUAAUCUACCUCAACCUGUGCUUCAACUGUUUCCAGAAUUUCCCAGCCGAGGUUUUGAACCUCAGCAAUCUGGAGGUCCUGAAGCUGCGUAACAACCCGAUAGUGGAGCUUCCCAUCAACGUGACCCGCCUGUCCAAGCUCCGAGUCCUCACGGCGUCCUUUUGUAUGAUCACAGCUCUCCCCGUCACUUUGUUCGAGUUGCCGUGUCUGGAAGAACUGAGUGUAGCAUACAACAGACUCACCUUUCUGCCCAGGGAGAUCAGCAAGCUCAAGUCUCUGACUCUUCUGGACCUGGAGGGUAAUCAGAUCCCGGCCCUGCCCGCCAGCUGCUUGAGCAUGGAGAAGUUACAACACGUCAACCUCAGGAACAACUUGAUGCACCCGCUGUUCUGGAAGGAAAAUACCACCAACAAACCACAGCAUCUCCUUGACCUUGCUUGCGUUGCCACAUGCCGGGCCGGACGACACAAAAACCCGCAGCUCUUGUCAAACGAGGCCAUUAGGGCGCUGCAGAGACAAGAAGAAUGUGACUGUUGCCAAGGGCCACUGUUUGGGCCAGGGCUGCGAGCAAUUCGCCCGAUGCCGUCGCUGUUCUCGGUGAAAAACGUCCCUCUGAUGUUCCGUAUCUGCACCCCGGACUGUCUGGACUUCUUCAAGAAUAUGAGCCACAGCCAGCUCAGGAUUUUGUUGUACGGGGAAUGAGCCGGGGGGACAGGAUGCAUUUUAUGACUGACACAGGGAAUGAACUCUUUUUCUUAGAGUUUUGAGUAAAGAGAAGCACAUCGAUGCUAUGACGGUUGUCUACUGCCGCUAUAGAGUAAGUAACGAAGGCGAAAACAGCAGAGGUAAAGAACGUACAGAAGUAGGACCUACUAGCUGUCCCCAUCGUUUUAUGCAAGAAAAAUUCUGAAAUUAUGCAAACCGAG